CGUUAUGACAACUCAACCCAAACCCCGUCGCGGAAGCCGUCAAUCGUCGAGCCCUUACACGCACGAACCGAAGCCCCAGCAAGAACGCGAAGAUGGCAGGCUGCCCGAAUACAACCACAAUGGUCAUGCUGUGACUCCGGGCAUCAAACCUAACGGCGAAAGUGGUAGACGCGGUGUCCAUCCUCUCCAUUUCUUCAAAAUUUGCUGGGCCAGCUCGUGUACCGCUUCCAAAUGGGUGAACGUGCUAUGGCCGUUCGUUCCUGCCGCCAUUGCUUUGGAACAACUCUGGAUCUUCAUCUUAGCAUAUGUUGCCAUGGUCCCGUCAGCAAACCUUAUUGGAUUUGCUGGACAAGAAUUAGCCAGGAAGCUUCCAACUGUUCUUGGUGUUGUCCUUGAGACCACAUUAGGCUCUCUGGUUGAGAUGAUUCUCUUCGUUGUACUUCUGGUCAAUCAGAGAGAAAACGGCGUGCCAAUUGUUCAAGCCGCUAUUCUUGGUAGUAUCCUGGCAAACCUCCUGCUGUGCAUGGGUCUCUGCUUUUUCUUCGGAGGUCUGCGCCGUCAUGAGCAGACGUUCCACGACGUCGUCAGUGACACUGGAAGCAAUCUCAUGCUGGUUGCCGGCUUCGCUCUUGUCAUUCCAGUCACCUAUGCCAACGCUCUUGCAGGCCGCCAAAAUCUCACAGAAGAGAUACUCAGGAUGGAGGUUGUCAAGAUCUCUCGGGCUACCGCCAUCAUCCUUCUUAUCGCCUUUGCAGUUUACACUUUCUUCCAGAUGAAGUCGCAUCACGGACUUUACGACGACAUUCUCGAAGAGGACGAGCAGAAUGAUGCUGACCGCCACCGUGAUCUGGCCAAAGCAAAGCUUACUCUCACCGAGUCUAUCCUUGCUCUUGCUAUUGCCAUCACUUUCGUUUCGAUGAUGGCCGUAUUUCUGGUUCAGAACAUUGAAUACAUGAAAAACAACCGCAACUUGUCGGAUGCCUUCCUGGGUCUCAUCCUGGUCCCGCUUGUCGAGAAAGCUGCCGAGCACAUCACCGCGAUUGACGAAGCAUGGGACAAUCAGAUGAAUUUUGCAUUGUCACACAUCCUUGGUGCAUCUAUCCAGACCGCGCUGUUAAACACUCCGCUUGCAGUCAUCGUUGGCUGGGGCCUGAUGUUCGAUGCCGUCGUCCUCAUCCUCGCUAUCCUCGUGGUCGGCCAGUUCUUGCGUGACGGAAAAUCGAACUAUCUGGAAGGAGUUUUGUGUUUCCUUGUAUAUGUGAGCUCAAACACGGGUGGUGUUUGGACAAAACACGAUCUGGGAUGGCGUCUCGCAGAACUGAGUGCACUGAACCAACAAAGUCGUGUUGCUGCCUUCUACUAUCCCAACCCAGUUGAGGGCGAAGAGAGCGCUGGCAGCAGUACAUCAAGCGAAGGCGCUUCCAAAUUCAGA